AUGACAGAUACGACCGACACGACAGAUACGACCGACACGACAGAUACGACCGACACGACAAACACGACCGACACGACAAACACGACCGACACGACAAACACGACCGACACUACAAAUUCGACAGACACGACAAAAACGACAGAUACGGCACACACGACCGACCCGACAAAAACGACUGAUACGACAGAUACGACGGACAUGACAGACAACCUAAACGACACGACAGACAGACACAACCGACAAACACGACCGACACGACAAAUAAGACGGAUACGACAAACACGACCGACACGACAAAACUACCGAUACGACAGAUACGACAUUACCGACCGACGCGACAAAAAUGACCGAUACGACAGAUACGACAUUACCGACCGACGCGACAAAAAUGACCGAUACGACAGAUAA